AUGUACGCGGGCGAUGGUAGAACACAGAACGCCGGCAUACUGGAUGCUCAAGGAGGCAAUGGUCCGCAGGCUGCACAGACUGGCACAAUCCCCGAGGCUGGGCCUGCCUUGGAAGUCAUCGAGAUGGCGAACGGUGAAACAAUUUGGUCAAUAGUCAAUGGCUUACGGGACGAUGAUGGCGAGUCAUUCUAUGGAGACCGUGCAAGCUUCGUCUCGGAGUACAGUCAGCAUGACAGCUCCGGCGACGGUUUGAAAUUAUUCUUCAAGGGACAUGAGAAGAAAUCGUCGAAGGGAAGUAAUGCUUCUAUUCCCACACGCAACAAGUCUCUCCAUUCAUCCGGGGCUGUGCGUCCAGAGACUAAGGUAGUGUUCUUCAGUUCGCCUGCCCAGAUUGGCAGGCUCAUCGAGAACCUCUCCCGUGGUGCAGACGCCGGCUCAUUCAACAUCGCCCCGGAACAGGCUCGGGCGCAAUUCGGACAUUCAACUUCUUCAUCUUUCGGCAGCGAGACGGACAUGCGAUGGUCAGUCGAAGAAAGACUCGAACAAAUGUUAGGUUCGAUGAAUCCGCUAACUUGA